UGAAAAUUUAUGGUUCAUUUGCAAAAAGUUGCGAUAAAUAGAUAUUUUUGUUUUGCGUUUUAGACCAUUACUUUUCAUUUUCAUCCCUACUUUUUACUUUACGUGGUUCCAUCUAAUAUGUCUCAGUGCUCUGUUUUUGUCGGCCCUGAAGCGGCGCAAGGGGAGGGCCGUAUCAGACGAUCCGUUCUUGCCAAAGAUGAUGUUGUCGAUACGCCUGCUCAAGGUGUUCAUACCCUCUAUGACGUGCUACAGUAUAGUGUCCGUCAUCGCCCCGAAAAUAACGCCAUGGCGUCGCGUCGCGUCGAAAAAAUCAUUGAAGAAGAGAAAGAAGUUGUUAAGAUCGUCGAGGGUGUCCAACACAAGGAAAUGAAAAAGUGGAAAUACUUCCAACUUUCGCCUUAUAGUUACAUGACGUAUCGUGAAGUGUCCGACGUCGCACAUCGCAUCGGUUGUGGUUUGUCCCACCUUGGUAUUGCAGCUAAAUCUAAGAUCGAAAUCUUCGCACCGACAAGCAUUGAUUGGAUGUUGAUGGCCCAUGGAGCCUUCACUCAGAAUAUGACCAUUGUCACUGCAUAUGAUACGCUCGGUGCGGAGGGACUGUUGCACUCGAUCAACGAAAGUGAAGUGAAGGCCGUGUUUACACAUGCUGAUCUCCUCAAGACUGUAACCUCCAUUCUUCCGAAUGUCGAAACGAACCCGAUUCAUGUCAUCUACAGUGGCGAAGCCGAUGAAGCAACUCUUCAAAAAGUGCGCGAAAUUAUUGGCGACAACAUUUAUUCCCUGGACCAGUUGAAAGAGCUGGGUCAAAGUAAUCCCAAACCUGUUGUCAAGCCUAGCCGUGAUGAUAUGUGUUGUAUCAUGUAUACCUCGGGAAGUACCGGAAAUCCUAAAGGCGUAGUGUUGAACCAUUCCAAUCUUGUGGCAGCCAUUGCUGGUGUCGAUACACUUCUUGGCCAUCACAUUAGCAGCGAAGAUUCCAUCAUGGCGUACCUUCCACUGGCACAUGUGCUUGAAUUCCUAGUCGAAAAUCUGUGCCUCUUCUGGGGUGUCGCUCUUGGUUUUGGUAACCCACGAACAUUGACGGAUGCUUCGGUUCGUAACUGUCAAGGCGAUAUCAAGGAAUUCCGACCAACUCUGCUGACCGGUGUGCCUGCUGUGUGGGAAUCUAUUCGCAAAGGCGUGUUGAAUAACGUGAGCAAGACCGGGGGUGCUGCUGAAGCCAUUUUCCAUCGUGCCGUAGCUACCAAGGCUUGGUUGAUGGAUCGCGGUCUUCCUACAGGAUGGUUAGACGCCGCAGUAUUUAACAAGGUGAAGGAACAAGUGGGCGGUCGUCUACGUUUUGGUCUUUCCGGCGGUGCUCCUUUAGCUCAUGAAACACAACAGUUUCUGUCCGUGACCCUCGCCCCUAUCCUCGGUGGUUAUGGUAUGACAGAGUCGGUCGGCAUGUGUGCGAUCAUGACCCCCGAGUUUUAUAAGAUUGGCGCGGUCGGAAGUAUCGUUCCCUGUUGCGAGGUGAAGCUUGUGGAUGUGCCGGACGCAGGUUACUUAUCAACCAAUACACCAAAGCCUCAAGGCGAAAUCUGGGUGCGCGGACCUUCCAUCACCACCGGCUACUGGAAACGAGACGAUAUCACAAAGGAGACCAUCACUGAAGACAACUGGUUGCGUACGGGUGAUGUGGGUGAAUGGAAUGAAGACGGUUCGUUGUCGGUGAUUGACCGUAUCAAGAAUCUCGUGAAACUGAGCAACGGUGAAUACAUUGCGCUCGAAAAACUGGAAUCUGUUUACAAGACCGCUUUGGGUGUGGGCAAUAUUUGUGUGUACGGUGAUUCGUUGCGUCCUAAGCCCGUGGCUUUGGUAUGUCCCGUGGAACCUAAACUGCGACAGAUGGUGGAAGAAGCCGGUAUUGACGCACACGGUUCGCUCGAAGAUGUAUGCAAGGACGAACGCGUGCGAAAAUUGGUGUUGCAGCAGCUUUUGGACCAAGGCAAAAAGAGUGGUUUGAAACCUGCCGAGUUAUUGGUGAAUGUUUAUCUUUGUGCUGAUGAAUGGACAACCGAUAAUGGCAUGCUUACAGCUGCGCAGAAAUUGAAGCGUCAGCAGAUCAACAAGACGUACAAAUUCGCAUUAGACGAGAUGAAUGCCGCUCAAAAGAAUUAAACGCGCUUUUGGAUGUCGGCUCUUUAUAUCCCUUCCACUAUUUCAUUUUUUUCCUCUUUUUUUUUCAUUCCAUGCAACCUCAUUAUAAUAAAAACGUCCCAUACCGAAACCAAGUGCUGUUGCCAGCUGUUAAAUUGCGAUUUGGAAUAAUAUGAU